AUGGAGACCUUGGGCACUUGGGCUGAAACACCUGUCAUCUGCACCAGUGACUUAGAUACGGUUGGCGGAGAUAAUCCUUAUCCCCCAACACUACUGCAGCCUGAAGAUCUUGAUGAAUUAGACGAGGGGCUGGACCCAGAAGAAAUGCCUCGCGAUAUGGAAGAUUGUUAUGCCUGGUCUCCCGUCAACCUCUUUGAACUAGCUGGCGCCAGAUAUGAUGACCCCCAGGAUCUCAAUCCUAGCUAUAUCUUGUGCCUCCUCCCCAACAUUCCUGGAAAAGACCCUUUCGAACUAUUACGGCAUCCAGGCGCCUCUCAAGUACGUACAUUUCUGAUUCCAAGUAUAUUUUAUCCCACAGACCAGGAAUGGGUACUUCGAAACUUGACCACUCGUGAGUUCGUUCGCGCUGCCGCAGUUGCGCUAGAUAAAGCUUACAUCCAUGGUCCAUUCAUUGACUUAAUUGGAUUUGGGGAGGUUAUUCUCUCCAGGACGAUUUGGUACGAUAAGCUUCCAUCGGAUAAUGAUUCCUGGGCAGGGCAUUGUCUAGACAUUGUUCCUAUUACAGAUCUAGAUGAGGGGGGCCAAUGGAAGGACAUUGGUGAUCAAGUUGCCGAGGAUAUAGAGAGAAUUGGGAAAGAUAAACUCGGGGACAAUUGGAGAACUCAUAUCCAAGAGAAAGCGAGACUUCCAAACGAGCUGGGGUCCCGCAAACGCCCGCGAUGGAUGCCCUGA